GACACGGUGUGAGGCGGGAGCCGGUUCUGUGUCACAGUGUUUAUUAACUAAAAGGCAAAAUGUACGAUCGUGCCCCUCGGUCACUUGUUGUCACUCUGGGCAGCACUCGAGAAAAUGUGGGCCCAGGAUCCUAUGACCCGAUUAUUGACAAAAUGCACAAACCAGCUGGAUAUGCUCCCUUUUUAUCAACUGCAAGUCGAGAUUUUGCUUUUAAUUCCCCUCAGACUGUUUCUGCUGCACCUGGACCAGGACACUAUGAAAUAUUUAAUUUAAAGGAAAAGGUGAAAGGAGGACAAACUAUCCAGAACAAAGAAAAGCGCUUUCAAGAAUCUGUCUCCUCUAUUCCUGGACCUGGCGCAUAUGAUCUGCAGCUUGGAAUGGAUACUGAUGGAGCAAAGAGGACCUCUCCAAAACCUCAAAAAAUAGCAAAAAGCCAUCAGAAAAGGCAGCAAAAUGCUGGUGCUCCAUCUAUCCCUGGACCAGGACAAGUUUUUGGCUAUGAAGAAACUGCAGACGGUUCCCUUGUGAGACAAAGUCUACCUGCUGUGGACAAUACACUGGGGCCUGCCUUCUACCACCCUGCAAAUGCAGAGACAUAUGCAACACAGAAAUACCGAGGUGUGCACUUUGCAAAGUAUUCAGGGAAGCGCACUGAAUUUGAAAACCAUAAUGGACCCGGCCCAGGAGAAUACGACAUAGAUCAGGAAAGUGCACUGCAUUAUGAGAAUGUCAACUCCAAGAAGGAAGACAAGAAGAAAUAUGAGCCAUUCAUUCCACGGUAUCACGAAGUAAUCGUAUUACAGGAAGAGAAGAAGGGUGUGCCAGGACCAGGAAAAUAUGAAAUAAAACGCAACUUUGAUGUUUCAAACAGAUUGACAAAGUCUGCUGAAGUUCCUCUGCCACCUUUUCUUUCACACUCAAAACGAUUUCUGCCUGUGAAAUCAAUUACCCCAGCACCAGGCACAUAUAAUGAACAGCGUACUGCACUUGAGGCUUUGAAGAAAACAUCAAGUAUGGCGCAUACACCAUUCGGCCAAACUGCAGUCCGAUUCACUAAGGAGUCAAGUAAGCAGAGAUUUCCAGGUCCAGGUUCUUAUAAUAUAUUUAGUUAUGGCAUAGCAAAUGAGAGCUUGAAGAAGGCACAUCAGGAGAGCUUAAACAAAGCAGCAUUUGGAUCUUCUGCUUCUCGAGCAUUGUACAUUUCAAACAAGGAUGCAGUGUGGACCCCGGGGCCAGGACAUUAUGUUGUAAAAGAUAGAUCUGAAGAAUCAUACAAGCAUCAAAAAUCCUCUGUAUUUUCAUCAGGAACAGAAAGACUGAGUACCCAAAUUACUGCAAAGGAUAUACCACCACCUGGCUCCUAUAAUGUUUCUGAAUCCUAUGAGAAGCUUCAUGGUAAACCUAGAUACAAGCCACCAAGGACAUUACAAGCUAAAAGAAAGCAAGGUUCUUUCCUCAGCGUGGUUCCAAGAGAUUUUACUGUGCAGAAUGUUUUUCUGGUGCCAGGACCGGGAGCCUACGACCCAGUAAAGAAGCCAGUUGUACAAACCCCAUCAUCGGUUCCAAGAGAAGAACGCUUCAAAGACUCAAAGGAGAUUACUCCAGGGCCUGGAUCCUAUGAGAUGAGCCCUGUUUUUAGGGACACGGUGCUAAAAGGGACAUUUAAUGCCACACUUCCAAACCCUUUGCUGAGUCACGUGGAAAUUCCUCUAAAGAUACAAGCAGAAAAGCCGCUAUUUUCUCUGAGUGUUUGAUUGUGAUACAAACAUUUAAACAUGGUGCAGUGCUGCAGCCUGCAUUUCUAUCAAUCUGAAGAGACAUCAUUCAAUACAAUGCACAACUACUUCCAUACACAGGAAAACAUGAC